UUUUUUCUUGUGAAGGAGCUUAUGAACGUUGUGUGUAUCAAUUUGUUAUUAUAUUGUUUAUCUUCGGAAAAUUAUUUGUUGUGGAAUGCUUAGAGAUUUUACAGAAAUACAUGAUAUAUAUUUUAUUGGUGACGACCUUAGUUUUGGCCGACCAAGAAACCAAUAGAAUAAGAAGACAGGAUGGUUAUUUUGCCGACAAGCCGGCGAUUUCCUUCGAUGAAAAUAAUAGUAUCUUCGAAAGUCGAAAGUUAGACAGUAUUUCCAAUGGAAACGCUGAACUAAGGACAAAUUUCGAUAAUGAACUGAAUAACCAAAAAGAUUUAAAUGCGUAUAGAAUACCUGUCAUAACUCUAGAUUCGAGUGCCAUAGAUGAAAAUACUGGAGAUUUCAAUGCUGAAGGUCAAUUUGGAAGAAGAAUUGUUUCUUCUAAAGCAUCAAGUAACCGACAACCAAAUUUCCAAAAUGAAAUUGGACAAGAAGAUAUAUCAAAAGACAAUGAAAUUUUACAAGGAGGGUAUGCGUCUCCAGUUAACUCCUUCCAGUUCAGUAGUCGAGAUGGAUAUGUAUAUAACAAGCCUAAAAUACCUUUUGAUGAAGGUCCUGUGCAGACUCAAAGACCAAAAAUUCCCACAACAAGUAAACCUAAGUUUCCUCAAAAAUUACCGACCUAUCAGCCAUCCAAAACUCCCGUUCAACCGACAGUAGCACCUGCGUACAAACCUCCACAACAAGUAACUUAUAAGCCAAGUUUCCCAAGUUAUCAAACACCAGCACCACAGGUGCCAUCGUAUCGACCAUCACCUGUUCCAAGUAUACCAGCCUCAAGAGAGCCAUUUACACCUAGUCCAUUGAAACCUGGCUUACCGCAACCUCAGAAAAGGCCGACAGGAAGACCUACUGGUGGAUAUGUUUAUGAAAAACCGGCGAAACCGUUCCCGCAAACUAUUCCAUCUAUUUCAGAUAAACCAAGUGUAGUUCCAUCGCGCCCCAUUUUCAAGCCUGUAGAACCACAAUCUCCAUCGUAUGAACCAAGUGGUCAGUCACCUGGAAUAUCUAUUAUCAAACCCACGCAACCUCAAGGACCAACGAAAGCUCCCUUUGUACCAAGUUAUAAACCUCAAGAAACUCCUGUAGUCACUCAAAGACCUAGUUAUCGCCCUCCUCAAACACCAGCCCCUCAGUCACCAUUCUAUAGACCUACAAUUGCUCCACAAACACCAACAGGAGCACCAUUUAAGCCUAGUAGAAUCCCUGCGAUAUCAACUUAUCCAUCAAUUCAAACACCUUCUCCCCAGCAACCAUUUUAUCGCCCAACGCCUGCUCCACAACUUCCGGUAACUUCAAAACCAUUGAAUAUACCACAGAAACCAAUUACAUCUGUUCCUGCUUAUCAACCUACUUCAAAACCUGUAACGGUCCCAGUUUAUAGACCUACACCCAGUUCAACGGGAUAUAUUUAUGAAAAGCCAAAAAUUCCUUUUGGUAGUACACCAGCAACUUUUCCGUUGAGACCAAGCUAUCGUCCGGAUACAACUCCUUCUCCACAAUUACCAGCCUAUCGUCCAACACCUUCACAACCUUCGAGUAUACCUGAAAAGCCUACUUUUGUUCCUUCUUUUCCUCAGAAACCUGAACCAACGCGCCCUCAAUAUAAACCACCUCAAGUACCCUCCUAUAAACCAAGCUAUCCGGACUUCCCCAAACCACAACAACCACAAUAUAAACCAACUGGACCACUACGUCCUUCAGUUGAAGUUACUCGGCCUACCGUACCUGCGGGAAUACCAUCUAUAACAAAUGUUACUCCAAAACCGUUCAAGCCAAGUUAUCAACCUCCAAUCGAAUCACAAUAUAAACCUUCUCAACCACAAUAUAAACCUUCUCAACCACAAUAUAAACCUUCUCAACCACAAUAUAAACCUUCUCAACCACAAUAUCAACCUUCUCAACCACAAUAUAAACCUUCCCAACCACAAUAUAAACCUUCCCAACCACAAUAUAAACCUUCUCAACCACAAUAUAAACCUUCUCAACCACAAUAUAAACCUUCUCAACCACAAACUCCUGAGCCACAAAAACCUUUAGAAUUUCCAACAGUGACUCCUAGUUUUCCAAGACCUAAUGUACCCUUUAGACCAACACCUGAAAAACCCGAAUUUACUCCUUCUAGGCCAAGCGUUAAUUAUCCAUCAUUCAAACCUCAACCGCCCACGUAUCCACAACGUCCCCCAUCUCCACCAAAAGAACCAACCGGAUAUAUAUACGAGAAACCAAAUAAACCCUUCAUUGAAGGGCCAUCUCAAACCUAUAAACCUACUCCAAAGCCUCCAUCACCUCAAAUCCCUAGUAUAACUCCUCAGAUACCAAGUUAUCAGCCCUCUAAAACUCCUCCAUUCCCACCACCAGCGUAUCGUCCACCAUCACAGAUACCAAGUUACCGUCCUUCCCAAACACCUUCAUAUCAGCAACCUUCUUAUAAACCAUCUUUCACUCCAAAUAUACCAACUGUAACACCCCAGAAGCCUAGUUUAGUUCCUUCAAAACCAUUACCUGCGCCACAGAUUCCAAGCUACCAGCCUCCACAAAAACCCAGUUUUGUUCAACCAAAACCAUCACCAGCCCCACAAAUUCCAAGUUAUCAGUAUCCACAAAAACCAUCCCCAGCCCCACAAAUUCCAAGCUAUCAGCCUCCUCAGAAACCCAGUUUUGUUCCACAAAAACCAUCACCAGCCCCACAAAUUCCAAGUUAUCAGAAUCCACAAAAACCAUCCCCAGCCCCACAAAUUCCAAGCUAUCAACCUCCUCAAAAACCUAGUUAUGUGCCUCAAAAACCAUCCCCAGCCCCACAAAUUCCAAGCUAUCAGCCUCCUCAGAAACCCAGUUUUGUUCCACAAAAACCAUCACCUGUUCCACAAAUUCCGAGCUAUCAACCUCCUCAAAAACCUAGUUAUGUGCCUCAAAAACCAUUCCCAGCUCCACAAUUUCCAAGCUAUCAGCCUCCUCAAAAACCUAGUUUCGUUCCACAAAAACCAUCACCGUUUCCACAAAUUCCAAGCUAUCAACCUCCUCAAAAACCUAGUUAUGUGCCACAAAAACCAUCACCUGUCCCACAAAUUCCAAGUUAUCAGCCUCCACAAAAACCAUCUCCAGUCCCACAAAUUCCAAGUUAUCAGUAUCCUCAAAAACCAUCACCUGCCCCACAAAUUCCAAGCUACCAACCUCCCCAGAGACCCAGUUCUAUUCCAUCAAAACCAUCAUAUGUUCCACAAAUUCCAAGCUCCCAAAUUCCUUCGAAACCUUCCUUCACCCCUCAAAAACCAAGUUCUUUCCCUUCUGAACCUAGUUUCCAGCCUUCCCAGAGCUCAACACCAAAACCAUCAUUUUUGCGCCCAACAUCUGCUCCUCAAACCCCAUCAUAUCAAUUUCCUAGUUAUACUCCUAAACCUGUUUCUCCUUCAAGGCCUCAAUUCCCAUCGUCUCCACCGAAAGUGGUGAUUGUCGAUAAGCCUUCCACUGGAUAUGUCUACGAAAAACCUAACAAGCCAUUCAUUGAAACACAAACAAAAAAACCUUCUCCUGCAUUUCCGAGUUACAAACCUCCUAGUGUAACUUUCACACAAACGAGCAUAACACCAACAAUCCGUCCAUCUAUACCUAGUUAUCAAACUCCUUCCAAACAACCAGUUAAAGUUCCUUUGAAACCAAGUUAUCAGACACCUUCGUUCUCCACACCUCAAACACCAAUUUACCGUCCAAUUCAAUCACCCGAAAAACCUGUAUUUCAACCAUCAGUACCACAACAACCAUUCCAGCCUGGAGUCUAUAAACCAAGUCAACCACAGCGUCCACCCUCACCCGGAUAUGUAUACGAAAAGCCAAAACAACCUAUUGGAAAUAUACCCUCUUAUAAACCCAGUAUACUUCCCCAGCAGCCUAGUUAUCGGCCACCUCAAGUAACCACAACUGUGCCAAUUUACCAAACUCCUUCCUUGCAACCUGUGAAACCGAUUUACCGACCUGCUCCUGUUUCUCAGAAACCUGUUUUUCCACCAUCAUCUUUUGAUCGCCCUUCAAUAGCUCCACAGCCAUUCCAGCCAGGCAUAUAUAAACCAACCCAACCACAGCGUCCCCCAUCUACUGGAUAUGUAUAUGAAAAGCCAAAAAGACCCGUUGAGAAUAUUCCAAGUUCCUACAGACCAAGUAUAGUUCCACAACAGCCAGGGUAUAAACCUGCACCUACGGUUGUGACCCAAAGACCUGCUUAUAGACCAAGUCCAGUGCCUCAAUUCCCAAAACCAUCUUCUCCUCUGCCUCCUAGAACUCCAUCUCCCCAACCAUUGCCUCAAUUCCCUAGUUACCAACCUAGCAAAAAACCAGUUUCUCCUCCAUCAUUUUCAAUUCCAUCACAACCUCCAAUUAAUAUUUAUCCCGAAGUUACUCAAAGACCACAGCAAACUUUCACUAGUGGAAUUUCAAGACCAAGCUCACCACUUUUUACUUCAAAACCUGCAUAUACACAGGUGUUCACAUCAUAUCCUGCCGUCACAUUGAGGCCUAAUGAGAAAACAGAAUAUGAAGGUCCAGGUUAUAUUCCACCUCUUAAAGUUCCAACAGUCAAACCACCUAGUUAUACCUUCAAACCUAUCCCUUCAGUCACUACAUCUAAACCAUUCACAUAUAGUCCUAAACCUGUUGGGCCGGUUGUAAGCCCUCAGAAACCUUUCACUUAUUCACCAUCCAGUUAUAAGCCAUCUGUUAGUACCACCUUCAAACCUUUUUCACCAUCCUUCCCAGUCCAGAAACAAACUACUUCUCCGCCAAUUUAUAAACCUUUCACUAAUCUACCGUCUACGUAUAAACCUUAUGUUCCGAUUAGUAGCACACUGAGGCCAGUUUCUCUGGAACCUUCAACAUACAAACCGUUCUCUACCUUCAGUAGUACAGAGAAACCUUUAACCUCACAAAAACCUUUCACUUACGGUCCUACUUUUAAACCUUCAAUCCAACCAUUCACUUUCGUAUCAUCUACACAAAAGCCAGCUACCUCCAAACCUUUCACAUAUGGACCUUCUUUCCAACCUGUACAAAGUACUACAUCGAAACCAUUCACUUUUGUAUCAUCCACACAAAAGCCAGCUACUUCCAAACCUUUCACAUAUGGACCUUCCUUCCAACCUGUACAAAGUACCACAUCUAAACCAUUCACUUUUGUAUCAUCCACAAAAAAGCCAGCUACUUCCAAACCUUUCACGUAUGGACCUUCUUUCCAACCUGUACAAAGUACCACAUCGAAACCAUUCACUUAUAAGCCUUAUCAACCAGUUACUUCAACACCAAGACCUCAAUUUCCAACCUUCAGUUCAACAACUCCACCAAGAGAUACUUUCAAGCCAUUUGUAACUUCAACUAUUAGGCCUAGUACAACCCAAGAAGACAGACAUUACUUACCUCCAGUAUCAGAUGGAUACUUUUAUCCAAAGCCUGAAAUUGCCUUUUCUUUCAAAUGAAAAUUGUGAUAUACCUAUUAAUGAACCUUAAUAUUGGAUAGUUGUCGAAAUAAAAGAAUAUGUGAUUAUUUUUAAUUUCAAUGGUGUGCAUUAAAAGACAAAUCUUUGUUGAAUGUAUAUAUAGGGCUCAUUAUUGCAAUGAUAGAAAAUCAAUGGAUUCAUAAAAUAAUAUGUUCAAUCUAUCUCUUGAAGAUUUAUGAAUUAGCUGACUUUUUUAAAUUUUCUCUUUGAAUCCGAAAAUUGCAAAAAUGAGCUUUUACAUAAUUAUCAGUAUUGCCAUUUCAUACCUAAUUACAAAUGUAAAUAUGUAAUUUUGAGUUUAUGGAAAUAUAAAAUAUAUUAUUAUGAUAU